AUGGCCGCGUGCGUCCUGUCCUGGACCGUGCCACGCGCGGGGCGAGAAGGCCGGUUGGCGCGCGCACGAUUCGUGCAAAGCAGUGAUGGCCAGUUGUUGAAGCGGAAGAAAGAAAAGCAGAGCAACCGCAGGGAGCCAACAGCGAUCAUCAGAGAGGGAGGGGUUGAUAGAGGAGCCACACCGACGGCACGCGACCAAAAUCUUGUUUCGGAGCGAAGCGCCUCCGUGGGCGAGGAUGCGGCGCGGAAGCUCCGAGCGCUCUCAUCGGCGCUGAGACCAAGCGAAGAGUGGGAGUUUCCUAGCUCGGCGAUGUUCAUGUUCGUACUUGCGGUAGGCGGUGCGAGGCAGAGCAAUUUAACGAACAACAACAACAACAUCAACAACGACGACGACGACAACAACAACAACAACAACAACAACAAAACUCACGACCGUUGCCUACCCACUCCUCCGCUGACCCCCGAAUCGCACCUAGGCGGCAGCAUCAGCGGCCUCCCAGCCAUGCCACCGUGCAGCUCCACCUCACUGUGCCUGAGCCCCGGCUCGGCCCCGAAGGCAUACUACGUCGGCCCUCCGUCGCCCCCGCACGGAGGAGGCGGCAGUCAGCCUGGUUCGCCAUCUGUCGUGGUGCCCGUCCCGCUACUACCCGCACAGAACCCCGCAGCCUUUUCGGCGUUCGUGCACCCCCAUCAGCAGCAUCCUCUGAUGACGUUAGCGACGCCCUCGGUGUUCCCACCUCCAGCCCACAUGUCCGCCGCCGCCGUUACGUCUCCGGCAGCCGGUCUGAACCAUCAUGCCAGGGCGCCGGACCACGUCUCCCCCGCGGUUGCGGCCCCCGCCCAGAGACCGCGAAAGAAGUUCGACUUCAGCAGACUCGCAGAGUCCGCGACGGCGCCCGACGAAGAGUCGGCCACCGAAGAUGAACAACUGCCCGCAGUACCUUCGGCUAGCUCCCUGCCCACACCGUACAGAUCUUUUGUGCUUGAACAGAUGUACCAUCACCACCAACAGCGACAAAUGGGAGCCGCUGCCAUGGCGAGUCGAAGUGGUAGCCUGCACAGGCUAGAGAAGAGGUUCGCCUCGUCCCAGCCUGGUUCCGCGACGGUACCUCCGACGUCCUCUUCAGCCACCCUCAUGGCCAGCGCUGCUGCUGGACUGAGGCCCGUCCGGUACCGGGCGCCGUCGCGGCCCAAGAAGGAGUUCAUCUGCAAGUUCUGCCAGCGCCGGUUCACGAAGUCCUACAACCUGCUCAUCCACGAGCGGACGCACACGGACGAGAGGCCGUACACGUGCGACAUCUGCCACAAGGCGUUCCGCCGACAGGACCACCUCAGGGACCACAGGUACAUCCACUCGAAGGAGAAGCCGUUCAAGUGCAGCGAGUGCGGAAAGGGCUUCUGCCAGUCGCGCACCCUGGCCGUGCACCGGAUCCUGCACCUGGACGACUCGCCGCACAAGUGCCCCACGUGCGGCCGCAGCUUCAACCAGCGGUCCAACCUGAAGACGCACCUGCUGACGCACACCGACAUCAAGCCGUACCACUGCCCGGCGUGCGGCAAGGUGUUCCGCCGGAACUGCGACCUGCGGAGGCACGCGCUCACGCACGGCAUUCGGACGCCCUGAUACGGACUCCGAAGACGGCGGUGACUCGCAGUGAAGCCCACCCACCGUGUCUUCGGCUGUGACGACGCCUAUACUCUACUCGUGUAAUGUAAAGAUGAAGCCGGUCGGAACCAGGCUGCUGUUGUAGAGUCUAGCAUAGUCAAUGUUGUACAGACCCACUUUAGCGUAGCCUGUUGUGCGGAACACGCGUUCACGACGCUUGGUGUACCGCUGCACGCAACUGUCCAGUGCAUGUUCCUUGUGGCCAGUCGCAGACGACUCGAAGAAUACUGUCGUCACUGAUGUCUGCGCCUGACUGAGUGGUUCAGCCAGCCAAAGACUUCUCACCGAACCACUCCGGUUCACGUUCCUGGCCCGCAGAGCAUGUGCGUCAAGGGUGGCAAUGUUAAUUCAUGCCCCGACAUCAAUCAGCUGCUACCUCGAACGCUUGCGAAACUUUGUGUGCGAGAUCUGAAGCCACUGAACAACAAACUGUUUCUUAUCAGUAAGAAGGCCCCACCACAUUCGCUACAAGCAAAUACGUGCAUUUGCUUUACCUCUGUGGUUGCGGAAGCACUGUGUCAACUGGAAAAGCAGAGAGUACCUGCAUCAACUGAGCGUGGUUACAUCUUGGCCACAAGUGACUAAUUUCUGACUAAAGGUUCUUUAGUCGCUGUGAAUGAACAGUGUGACGCUGAGUGACAUAGUUUCCCAUAAAUGUGGCCGUGAAUUGUGUUUUUUACUGGCUCGUUACACUUACUACUGCUCAUCGCCGCUCAGUGCCUCGUCACGCAGCUGAUCACCAAAGACAAGUUUACGAGGACUAUUCUAUAACGCUCGUUUCCCGUUCGCUAGCACGCGUAUAGUUUCCAAUCAAACUGCUCAGUCGCUGAAAUUACGUUGUUGCUGUAAAUAUGUUCUAGAAGGUGGUGUGCCACCAAUGAUCUCUGUGUAAAAAAAUAAUGUGUGAGCGAAUUGUUUGUACUCUUGUUUUUUUUCUUUUUGUCGCCAGUGGCGAAACAUGAAUCUGUCUACGUGUAUUAAAAGCGAGAGUUUGUUCGUUCA